AUGCAAGUCAUCAACAACUUGAAUAUAUCUCUAUUAUUUGUAGUUCUAGUACUAAUAAAAGCCAAUGCUGCUCCACCGAAUGGGUCAUUUCAUUGGAUUGACCGGGAAAUUUCAUGUACAAGUUAUGGGGUGAAUCGUACUCGUUGUGUCCUGAACCAUCCACAAUUGGGACCAGAACAAAAUCCAGAAUGUUUCGACGAAAUUGAUGCGAAUGGAGUUAAAUUAAAGACAUAUUGUGCAUUAGGUUGUGAAGAAUCGCUUGAGGCUCAAUUGGUCAAGAAAAUUCCAUCAAAUAGCCCUUCCUGUGUCCAACAUUACACUUACAACCUGGAAAGAAGACGCCAAGACUGGUUCCUCUGGAGAAAUGGAACAUGUGUCAACUCGACAAUUCGAUUUCAUUUGAUCUGUGGUACACCUACCAACCCUAAAAUUUUUUAUAGAGAGAACGAGGAGCUCUUCCUUUAUGAAGACGCUGAAAAUUAG